GGUUCCGGGCCGCGCGGCGCCAUGGCCUCGCUGUGGCGGCUGAAGCGGUUCGAUGCCUUCCCCAAGCCCCUGGAAGACUUUCGGGUCAAGACGUGCGGGGGCGCGCUGGUGACGGCUGUCAGCGGGCUCAUCGUGGUGCUGCUUUUCUUCUCGGAGCUGCAGUACUACCUCCCCAAGGAGGUCCAGUAUCCGUCACAGUGUACUGACUGGGUCUGCUUCAGACAACAUUCUAACAAAGCCUUUAUGCAAGUAACGUCUGAUGGACGCUCCAGGAAGGCUUACAGAUAGCCGGUUCUUUCUCUGGAGGCUGUUCUUGAGAUGACGAAUGCUACUCUGUUAAUUGGUGUUAUUUCACACCUCAGCAGGCUCUAUGCAUACCAUUUCAGAGCUGGGGAAAGAAGAAGUGUUUGAUCCAAACUCUUUGGAUGCUGAUGGCUGCGAGAGCUGUUGUGGGGCGGAGUCAGAGGACGUUCGGUAACCUUUACACCUUUUUGUAUCUUCUUAGCACUUGAAUUCAUACUGUUCUGUUGCAUGCACUUUUUUUUUCCAAAUGUCUGUGAAGGUCUGUGCAAUGAAAUGCUGGGCACGUGUUCAGAGAAUGAUGAGAACUGUUGUGGGUUUGGUAUGCCUUUGGAAGCUGCAGAAAACAGAAACCUGUUUUUUGUGGUGACCAAGGUGUU